GGCCAGGUUGGGCUGACCGCACCCCGCCGGCCCAGGGUUUGUGAUGUUUGCCGGGGAGGCGAGGAGCGCCAUUGUGAUGCAGCUGGGAGGGGUGGAGCCACCGAGUCCCGGCUCAAAUUAGAUCCUUCUCUCUGCUGGGCGCCCGGGCGCGCCCAGUGCCGUUUGCUAAACUCCAGAGUCGGGGAGAAAUCUGGGAGGAGGUGGGUCGCCACACCCCCGGUGCCUGCGAGUUUUCUUCAGAGCCCGGGGUGCCGGGCACAGGCCACCAAGAUGCUGGGCCCUCGGCUCAUGACCACCGCCCACCUCUUCUGCUUAUGGAGCUCGGUGCUGGCCGCCACCUCCGGGCCCAGGUUUCUGGUGACAGCUCCAGGGAUCAUCAGGCCUGGAGGAAAUGUGACUGUUGGGGUGGAGCUUCUGGAACACAGCCCCGCACAGGUCACUGUGAAGGCAGAGCUGGUCAAGAUGGCAGCCAACCUCACCGUCUCUGUGCUGGAAGCAGAAGGAGUCUUUGAAAAAGGCUCUCUCAAGACACUUACUCUUCCAUCACUACCCCUGAGCAGUGCCGAUGAGAUUUACGAGCUCCGUGUCACCGGACGUGCCCAAGAUGAGAUUUUAUUCGCAAAUAGUACACGCUUAUCAUUUGAGACCAAGAGAAUGACUGUCUUCAUUCAAACAGACAAGCCCCUGUAUAAGCCAAAGCAAGAAGUGAAGUUUCGGAUUGUAACGCUCUUCGCAGAUUUUAAGCCUUAUAAAACCUCUUUAAACAUUCUAAUUAAGGACCCCAAGUCAAAUUUGGUCCAACAGUGGUUGUCAGAACAAAGCGACCUUGGAGUCGUUUCCAAAACUUUCCAGUUGUCUUCCCAUCCAAUACUUGGUGACUGGUCCAUUCAAGUUCAAGUAAAUGACCAGACAUACUAUCAGUCAUUUCAGGUUUCAGAAUAUGUGUUACCAAAAUUUGAAGUUGCUUUGGAGAUACCAUUAUAUUGUUCUUUAAAUGCUAAGAGUUUAAAUGGUACCAUCACAGCAAAGUAUACGUAUGGGAAGCCAGUGAAAGGAGAUGUCACACUUACAUUUUUACCUUUAUCCUUUUGGGGUGUGAAAAAAAAUAUUACAAAAACAUUUAAGAUAAAUGGAUCUGCAAACUUCUCUUUCAAUGAUGAAGAGAUGAAAACGGUCAUGGAUUUUUUGGAUGAGCCUCUUGAACACAUGUAUCUGUCUUCUCCUGGGCCAGUAGAAAUUUUAGCCACGGUGACAGAAUCACUCACAGGUAUCUCAAGAAAUGCAAGCUCCAAUGUAUUUUUCAAGCAACAUGAUUACAUCAUUGAAUUUUUUGAUUAUGCUACGGUCUUGAAGCCAUCUCUCAACUUCACAGCCACUGUGAAGGUAACCCGUUCUGAUGGCCAUCAACUGACCGAAGAAAGAAGCAAUCAUAUAGUCAUAAUGGCGACACAGAGAAUCUAUACUGAGAAACUAUACUGGAGCAAAUGGGACAGGACAGAUCGAAUAGGGACUGUCCAGGUCACAAAUCAUACUGUCCCGCAAAAUGGAAUCUUCAAGAUUGAAUUCCGAAUCCUGGACGAUUGCAGUGAGCUGCAAUUGAAGGUGCCGUCCGUUUCCCAUCAUUACGUUACUGCAACAGCAGCAUUCAAAUUGUCUUGUGGUAGGCACUCCGUCUGUUGGGAGGUCAAAGUGCACAGGAAGUGGACACAUAGUUUUAUUGGAAAGAACAGGGGAAAUGUGGAGGACCGAGUGAGCCAGUGUGACUUCCUGCUUGUAGAUGAGCUCUGUGUUGUGGGAUCACCUUUUGAGUUGGUGGUUAGUGGCAACAAGCAAUUGAAGGAGUUAAGCUACAUGGUGGUGUCCAGGGGACAGUUGGUGGCUGUAGGCAAGCAAAAUUCAACAACCUUCUCCUUAACACCAGAGAAUUCUUGGGCUCCAAAAGCCUGCAUCAUUGUGUAUUACAUUGAAGAUGAUGGGGAAAUUAUAAAUGAUGUUCUCAGAAUUCCUAUUCAGCUUGUUUUUAAAAAUAAGAUACAGCUGUUUUGGAGUAAAGCUAAUGCUGAACCAUCUGAGAAAGUCUCUCUGAGGAUCUCUGUGACACAGCCAGACUCAGCAGUUGGGAUUGUAGCUGUCGACAAAAGUGUGAAUCUGCUGAAUGUCUCAAAUGAUAUCACAAUGGAAAAUGUGGUCCAUGAACUGGAACUUUAUAACACAGGAUACUAUUUAGGGAUGUUUAUGAAUUCUUUUGCAGUCUUUCAGGAGUGUGGCCUCUGGGUAUUGACAGAUGCAAACCUUGUGAAGGAUGACAUUGAUGGUGUUUAUGAUGGUAUCGAUCCGGUCCAGUUUUUGGAGAAACAGGAAGGAUACUUGGUCGAUUUUCAUGACUCUUCCUCAGGUAGCAGUCCACGUGUCAGAAAGCAUUUUCCGGAGACUUGGAUUUGGCUAGACACCAACAUGGGUUCCAGGAUUUAUCAAGAAUUUGAAGUUACUGUACCUGAUUCGAUCACUUCUUGGGUUGCAACUGCGUUUGUGAUCUCUGAGGAUUUAGGUCUCGGACUGACAACUGCUCCAGUGGAGCUACAAGCCUUCCAGCCGUUUUUCAUCUUUUUGAAUAUUCCCUACUCUGUCAUCAGAGGUGAAGAAUUUGCUUUGGAAGUAACCAUAUUCAAUUAUUUGAAAGACACCACUGAGGUUAAGGUGAUCAUUGAGAAAAGUGAUGAUUUUGAUAUUCUGAUGGCUUCAAAUGAAAUCAAUGCCACAGGACACCAGCAGACCAUCCAGGUUCCCAGUGAGGAUGGAGUGACUGUUCUUUUUCCAGUUAGGCCAACACAUCUGGGAGAAAUUCCUGUCACGGUCACGGCUGUCUCACCUGCUGCUUCUGAUGCCGUCACCCAAAGGCUUUUAGUGAAGGCUGAAGGGAUAGAAAAAUCCUAUUCACAAUCCAUCUUAUUAGACUUGGCGGACAGCAGGCGACAGACUACCCUGAAAACCCUGGGUUUCUCCUUCCCUCCUCAUACAGUGAGCGGUAGUGAAAGAGUUCAGAUCACUGCGAUUGGAGAUAUUCUUGGUUCUUCCAUCAAUGGCUUAGCCUCACUAAUUCGGAUGCCUUAUGGCUGUGGUGAACAGAACAUGAUAAAUUUUGCUCCAAAUAUUUAUGUUUUGGAUUACCUGACUAAGAAGAAACAACUGACAGAGAAUUUAAGAGAAAAAGCCCUUUCAUUUAUGAGGCAAGGUUACCAGAGAGAACUUCUCUAUCAGAGGGAAGAUGGCUCUUUCAGUGCUUUUGGGAAUGAUGACCCUUCUGGGAGCACGUGGUUGUCAGCUUUUGUUUUGCGAUGUUUCCUUGAAGCUGAUCCUUACAUAGACAUUGAUCAGAACGUGUUACACAGAACAUACACUUGGCUCCAAGGACGUCAGAAGUCAAGUGGUGAAUUUUGGGAACCUGGAAGAGUGAUCCACAGUGAACUUCAAGGUGGCAAUAAAAGUCCAGUAACUCUUACGGCUUAUAUUGUGACUUCUCUCCUGGGCUAUAAAAAGUAUCAGCCUAAUAUUGAUGUGCAGGAGCCUGUCAACUUUUUGGAGUCUGAAUUUGAUAGAGGAAUUCCAGACAAUUACACACUGGCUCUUGUAACUUAUGCGCUGUCAUCUGUGGGGAGCCCUAAAGCCAAGGAAGCUUUGAAUAUGCUGAUGGGGAGAGCGGAACAAGAAGGAGGCAUGCAAUUCUGGGUGUCAUCAGUGUCCAAACUUUCUGAAUCCUGGCAGCCAAGCUCCCUGGAUAUUGAAGUUGCGGCGUACGCACUGCUGUCACACUUCCUGCAGCAUCAGGCUGCCGAGGGAGUCCCGAUUAUGAGGUGGCUCAGCGCACAAAGAAAUAGCUUGGGAGGUUUUGCAUCUACCCAGGACACCAUUGUGGCCUUGAAGGCCCUGUCUGAAUCUGCAGCCCUCAUGAACACAGAAAGGACAAACCUCCAAGUGACCGUGAUGGGGCCCAGCUCACCGAGUCCUGUAAAGUUUCUGAUUGACACACAGAACCGCUUUCUCCUCCAGACGGCAGAGCUUGCUGUGGUGCAGCCAAUGGCAGUUAAUAUUUCCGCAAGUGGUUUUGGAUUUGCUAUUUGUCAGCUUAAUAUUAUUUAUAACGUGAAAGCGUCUGGAUCUUCUAGAGUUCGAAAAUCGAUCCAAGAUCAAGAAGCCUUUGAUUUAGAUGUUGCUAUAAAAGAUAAUGAAGAUGAUAUCAAUCACUUGGAUUUGAAUGUGUGCACAAGAUUUCUGGGUCCAACGAGAAGCGGCAUGGCCCUUAUGGAAGUUAACCUCCUCAGUGGUUUUACCGUGCCCUCAGAUGCCAUUCCCCUGAGUGAGACCUUGAAAAAAGUGGAGCAUGAUCAUGGGAAACUCAACCUCUACUUAGAUUCUGUAAAUGAAACCCAGUUUUGUGUUGAUAUUCCUGCUGUGAGAAACUUUAAAGUGUCAAAUACACAAGAUGCUUCAGUGUCCAUAGUGGAUUACUAUGAACCAAGGAGACGAGCGGUGAGAAGCUACAACUCCAGAGCGAAGCUGUCCUUCUGUGACCUCUGCGGCGACACUCAGGGCUGCGGGCUCUGUGACAGCGCGGCCUCAGCCUCUCCUUCUCCCCCUCCUGCCAGCCUCCUUUUCUGCUUCACGCUUCUGUUUUCUUUGCAAAGUUGGCUGCGGCUGGUUUUUUAAGUACUCCAUGUAACGCUUUCUUUUCCAGAAGUCACAUGUGAUUGUCUUGUUUUCGUAAUCAAAUAUUGCAUCUGAUUACUCUGAUAAUCAUUUUUUCUCUUGUAAUGGGGUCGGGGGGCGAUGGUGGACAACAGGUCCUCGCAUGCAGAGCUGCAUUGAUUUCUUCUCCUGACUUCCGUAUGGAACAAAAGUCAAAAUUACUGCAGCUGUGAUUCUUUAUUUCCCCCUCUUAAAACCUUUUAGGACUUCUUUUGGACGGGCUGUUUUCUCCAGAAUAAAUGUUAUUCUAGAUGAUUCUUUUCAUUUUCUAGAGGAAAUGAGCCUAGGUUCUUAAGCUUUGCUUUACAUCAGCGUCUGCUUAGUAUCAACAGGGAUGGAUUUCCUGGGAGCAAGGAGAAAACACCCCGAGGGCGGAGCUUGUUCUGUCUCUUCUGUACCAGCCUCAGCCUCUGCCCACCACGCCUGCCCCUCUGGUCUCAGUACAUCCUUCUUAAUCAGGUAUUACUUGGACAUAGAUGGUGAUUCUUUUUUUUUUUUUUAAAGGGAAAUAAAUGGUGGUUUUCCACUCCAGAUGUGGUCACAUACCCUAGCCCUAACCUUCCUCAGUUUUCCCUCUGGAGAGGAGGAGAGGGUGGAUGCGCUUUGCUGUGCCGCCCGCGGUUCAGAGGUUGAGUGUGCUGCGAAGUGCCCGGAGGGCUCCCAGGCACGUUCUCCUCUCGGACCCCAGCCCCACACGUGGGUUCUGUUUAGAGAGCACUGCAACAGGUGCUUUCCGUGACUUGGACCAGAAGAUCCUGGAUCAGGAGGCACAUGCCAGCUAGUCAUGGGGGAUGCUAAGCCAGGGGAGUGACAGAAUCCUGUCUGCGACACAGCAGACUGACCUCCCUGUGGUCUGGGAAAGAAGGUGGGGUUUGACAAGGAUCACAGAGAUGUGAAGUACAAUAGGGCACUGGCCAGGGUCUUGUGGAACCUUCUAGACUCAGAUGUCUGAGUGUCAGACUACCAGCUGUCUGGUGACGUCUAAUACUUGCUCUCAGUCUUACAGAAGAUUCUUAAAUUUUGAGCACCUGGGUCACUGGUUCCCCGGUAUUGGGAAGGAUAAUACUCAUUUAUCUGGGUGAAAACUUUAAAGAAGUUUUCUUCUUUCUUCCCCCUUCCCUGUUUUUUCUCUCUUCCUUCUUUCUUCCUUUCCUUGACGUCUUCCUUUCUUCUUUUCCUUUGAAACAUAUUGAAAUAUUUUAGACAUGUCAAAAACAGUUUAAAGAUCUUUCACUAAAUCUAAAAAGUGGUUUAAAUUCACCCCCAAACUCCGCAGCAUUUCUCGCAAAAGGAUGUAGAACCGUGAUUGCCAUGGGCUCCCAAGAGGCUGCGUUACAUACAGUAUUUUCAUCUGUUUAAAAGUAAAUCCAAAAAUAAAAUAUGCAAAUGAUAUCUUUUAAAGUGAGUAUUUAAAAGAAUGUUGUCAUUUUAAUGAAUUUAAAGAAAUUACAGUGGAUAUUCAGGGAUUGUUUAAUGGAUGUUUUGGAUGCAAAGGUAGGAAUUUCCAACAUUCAGUAAUUUUUGAAAGCUUGAAAUCUGUAUAUAGAAAAGAGAUGCUAAAAGAGAGGUCUACGGAGAAAGCUAGUAAAUAUCAAACAUGUGAUUUCCUUGUAUUUACUUUUCAGUAGGGAAAAGUUUUCAGUUGUGUUACGCCUUUGAAACAGUCUGAUCUGAAAAAGGCGCUUGUGUUUGUCCUUCCUGUGUGGGGAUUUCGGCUUUUAUAUCCUAGGCUUUCUUUGGAGGUGAAAGUGUCUUGUAAUAAAGUUGGAGGAUGGUGUUGGCAAAAGAUACCCCUUCCCCCUCCCUGGCCAGGGGACCUCAGACUGACCAGCCAUAGCUCACAUUCUGUAGUUUGUUUUCUGUUCAUGCUGGACUUCUAGUGUAGCAUCCUGGAAGCACUGGAGUGGAAAGCCAUCGGAAGACGACUUGUUGCUUUUUAGACCAUGUUUCUUCCUCACUGAAAACUAGAACUCUAAUACGUAUUUUGUGAAUUAUUUCAGAUUUUCGGGUUAAAAGCUCACCUUGUAACUCAAAUUGCAGUGCAUCUCUUUUUAUUACAAAUGUAUUAAAAAUUGAGGAGCAGGAGGGGGUCGAAGAGGAAGAAGAGAAGGAGGAGCAGGUGGAGGAGAGGGUCGCCAGCGUGGCCUUGAGCUGCAUGUGGCCCUUCUUCCUUCUGCCUCCCAGAGCACUGGCUCUCCUACAGCAGCGGGCUUGGCUUACAGGGGACCACAAAGCCACCGGGAUGCGGAAGAGAGAGGACACGGCUUAGUAAUAAAUAGUAAUGACUCUUUUCUUCACAUGCUAUGAAUAUUAAUAUUAAAAACCUCAUUUCACCUUUAAGUUUGCUUAUGCCGACUUUUCCUUUAGAAUGCCAUCAGCCUUAUUUACUGAUAUGAACUAAGGUCCCCGUCUUCCCCACCAAGAGGGAACCUUAUUAAGACACCAGCGUAUCUCACUUCCAGCUUGGACUGGCCAGUGAUUCCAGAGACUGAACAUCGGGAGUAACUAAUAGGACAGAACAAUGCUGCGGUUUCACCAUCUUACUACCUUCUGUUAUAAUUCUAAGAAAGAAAUGAAAGCCCAUUAAAAUAUGCUGGGCCAAUGAAAUGCUUCCUUUUAUUGGACUGCCCUGUUACACUUGUCGCUUAUACACACAAUGCUAUAUUCUACACAUGGGAAUUUUUCGGGAUUGUAUAUAGCAAUUCUCCCUGCUUCCAUUUGUUUUAAGCUGGCUAUAUUUUUUUUAAGUUGUAUUUAACCAUACUUUUUGUUUAUAUUAAAUUUAGUUAUAAAUAGUCUGGCAAUCUAAUGCUAAUUAUCUUUAUUUUGAUAUAGUUCAAUUAUUUUGAUGUAAUUCAGUUUGACACCAUUCAACAUUUCUGGCUGUCCUAUGACAUUUUUUAAAAAUUGGAGCUAUGAUUUGUCUUUGUCAUUCUUUAAAGGCACCAUUUCAUUAACCAUGUAAUCUGGAGUUCUUUGUAACAGCCUUACUUUUUCUAAUUUGCUUUAUUGAAGUUUAAUACUGAAUUCUAUAAAAAAUAUGGUGUAAAUAUCUCCUUGUCAAGGUUUCUUAACAUAAGGACAGUACUUAUUUCGGGUUUGUCAAGUGGCUACCAUGGGUCCAGAUACCCUGAUGUAUAUUCUUCAGUGCAUCAUUUUCUUGCACUUUGUAAAUCUGAGACCCUUACAGUAAGUGGACUCACUCUUGGAUAAGCUUCAGAACCUGAUAUAUCCUCAGUGAGGGCUUCUGUUAGAUAGAAGUAUAUUCCUAUUUUUCUUUGUUUUCAAAUUCCAAUAAAGCAUAGCACUUUUAAGAACUUAAAAUUUGUCCAUCAUCUAUUCAAAUGAUAUUCAUGUUAAUAUUAAAUAUCUUAAGUGACAUUGGGAGUAAUUUGAGGUGCCGUUAUUUUUAUCGUGACUUUGAGUAGAGGGCUGUCAUCCUACUUUCUUCAGGAAAGUAAGCAGUAAAUAUAUAUUUUUAAUGAAGUAUGUGUGAGUGAGAGUCGGCUUGUUUCAAAAGUCUCUGGCUGUUGAGUUGUGUUUUCUGUGCCUCAUCAAAAGACAGCACCACGUUGUGUUAUUCUGUAAAACGUUGCCAUUUCAUUUCCAUGACCGUAACACAGGAAAAUAGAAGUUUUCUGAGUUCUUACUUCAGAGGACAUUUAUACACUGGUAUGUGUGUGUCUCUGUAAUGGGGAUGAUACUGACAUACGUGUCGCUACAUAUUUAAGAAUCAUUCUGUCUCACGUUGCCAUGAAGCCAUGAUUUACCACUCUUCUGCCUGUGUAUUGAAUCGGCGGUGGAAGAUUGUUCCAUGUUCUACUUACAGCUCUUUAAGAUUUAUCUUUGCUAGGUUUAAUAAAGAGUGGCUCUGUUCUGGUCUUUCAAGCCUUUAUGUUUUGAAUUUUUAAAAUAGUAGGGUAUAGUUGAUGUGGUAGAGACAAUUGUUUUUUGUACACAGGAAGCGUUACAAGAUUUUAUUCAUAAAUCCUCUCUUUUAUAAAGCUGUUUUGCAUAUGAGAAGGAUACUGUUGAAAUAAAAUACUAUUUUUCCAGAAACUAAAGCUUUCUAUAUGGAACCAGGGUGAUUCUGAAAGUUUAAAUUUUAGGUGUUUAAGUAUUAUGUUGUUGUCAAUUGUACAUGAAUAUGUAUUGAAUAGGAAACCAUGAUUUAUCAAUAAAAAUGAACAUUUCCAGCUA